AUGACAAGACUAAGUAUCCUGAGCAGGCAUUGCCUUCAUAACACAUCCCAUACCCCAUAUAUACCGAGCACUCUCUUCCGCCAUCUGAUACAUCAACCAAUAACAACCAAACAACACCAACAUCAACGUCACUUUACAUCAACCCCAACUCUCCUCUCGCGCCGCAAACGAAACUUUUACGAGGUACUGGGCUUACAAACAGACGCAGACAAGAAGGCCGUAAAAGCCCAAUUCUAUAAACUAUCUCUCGAAUACCAUCCAGACAGAAACUCGGCCGACGAUACCGCCCAUGCCAAGUUCCUAGAGAUAUCCGAGGCGUAUUCUACUCUAGGCAACGAUGCAAAGAGAAGCGAGUACGAUCGUAGUCAGGCCGGGUAUCGAGCUGCUCAUGGAUAUAGUAGUCACACUGGACAUUAUGGGGCACCACAGACACAGGGUACAGGGCCUCGUCGCGGUCCACGUACAUAUAGAGAAGAGAUCAAUCCGCAGGAUUGGAUUCUGCAUCGUCGUAAACACAACCAUACUCAUAAACCGGGUGAAUCGGCGUAUAACUAUACGGCACAUCAGGAUGGACAUUAUGGAUCUGCUGCUGAAGAGGCUCGUGAAAAGGCCAAAGAGAGGAGACGCGUGAAGAACAUGUAUUAUAAUGAAAUGUUUGAAGCAGAACGAUCUCAGCCGAGGUUUGUGACUGUGUUUGCUCUUGUCUUGUUUGGGUCGUUCUUCUUGCUGCAUUCUGGGAGUAUGUUGUUUAUGGAGGAAAGUGGAAGGGGUGGUAGCAGUGAUAGGUAUAACUGUAGUAGAAGGAGGAGUAGUGUCAUAGAUAUAGUAGAGUUGGAAGAAAGGACGUGUAGACGGCGUGGUGAAUGUGAUGAUGAUGAGACAUAG